GAGUAUGCUUGCCGUGUCUGCAACUUUGUGCCUGAAAACAAGUUUCAUUCCUACAUGCUCUCUUUCUCUCGACAAGGUUUCUGCGUCUGAAAGUCCUCAAAUAUAACGAGGUUUAGAUUUUCGAGAAUAGGGUGAGGGAGAUGAAGACGAAUUCAAGGAUGCGGGACUGUUGGGUCGCAUUGAAUUUUGUUUGCUCUGUAGAGUUCUGGAGAAUGGCAGUGUUUUGGACACUUGCUCUUGUCAACUCCUACUUGCAGCUGUUCUCCAGGGCUUUCUUCUUUCGGAUAUCUCACUCCUACCCUAGUUGUUCUCCGUGGCCUACUGCCACUUCAAUUUCCAAAACAAACGCACCAACCAGGCCCCUCUGCAUCAUCACGAGCGCUACAUCUGAUUUGGGUGCUGCAUCUGCCCAUGCUCUUUCCCGUGAAGGCUUCUAUGUCGUUCUUGGUGGACGCUCUUCCUAUCUUCUAUCUAAGACUGUCGAAGAGAUCAGGAAACAGAAUGUUGAUGCCCAUCUCAAAGCAUUUCAGAUUGAUCUGUCAUGUUUCCAAUCAAUCAUAAAUUUAAAAAAUGCAUUUGAGCAGUGGCUCUCAGAUUCAAAUAUGCAUCCUUCAGUUCAAGUCUUGAUCAACAAUGCGGGGAUAUUUGCAACAUCAUGUAAAUUCACAAAUGAAGGCUAUGAUCAGAUGAUGGGAACCAAGUACAUUGGUGCAUUUGCUCUGACUAAUCUACUGUUACCACUACUCAGAAGCAGCCGUGUUCCUUCCCGGAUAGUUAAUGUUACAUCAUUUACCCAUCGAUAUGUGUCUGGUACACAAGUGGAUGAGGAAACUUUGGCUGGGAAGUAUUUCUCAAGAUCAAAGCAGUGCCCAUUCGCUCAUAUUUAUGAAAACUCUAAGUUCUGCUUGCUGCUGUUCUCUUAUGAGCUUCAUCGGCGACUAUACUUGAAAGAUAAAUCUCGCAAAGUCUCUGUCUUGUAAAUGUUGAACAUGAUCUUUGAUGCUGU